AUGAUAAACAACGGAAAAUUAAAUUUAACACCAACAUAAAUAGCUUAUAUUAAGGUAACUUCAAACCCGAAUCCAAUAUCUUGGUCUGUUGAAGAUCUCUAGCUUGCUCUAAACUAAAAAAUUCCAAAUAAAUUUACAGAUUUAAUUACUGAGCUUGGAUUCAUCGGCAAUGAUUUGGUUUCUAAUAAUUAUGAUAUAUUCUUAUAAGCAAUUUUAGAAAUAAAAUAGUAAUUAACUUCAGUGGAUAAAAUGAAGUUCAAAUCUUUUUAUGAUGAGCUCAUAAUUUUAAAAGAUUUAUAUUAGUAAAAAGGUGAUUUAUUAGAGUAAAUAAAAUUGGAAUAGCAAUAAAAUAGUAAUUAACAAAUUAAUAGUUAGAAUAAUAAUCCAAGAUGUACUUAAAGUUUACAAAGUGGAAUUUAGUAAAAUCAAGAAAUUAUAUAAAAACCACCUAAUUAUUCAGAAUUAAUAACAGCUAAAAUAGCUUCUCCAAAUAAUUAAGGCAGUAAAGCUGAACUUGGAUAAAUCCAAGAAAGUUUAGUUGAAGAAAUGUUGAUAAACGAAUAAUAAAUACAAAUAUUAGAUUAAUAACAUGUUCCAAAAAAAAAUGAGAGCCAAAUAUCUUAUUAUAGUGAUAACAAUCUUGCACCUUUUAAGAAAAAUUAUGAUUAAAAUUGUUUCAAUGUUUUCCUUGAUGCUUAAGUAUAUGAUUUAAAAUAAAAUGAUUAAUCGGAGGAGGAUGAAAGUGAUGACGAUGUUAACAUUUAAUAAGUUGAUUAACCUUCAAAUAUAAAAACGGAUUUUAAAAGCAUUUUAAAUUAAAAUACUGUUUUAUAGAAUCUCAAGGAUCAAUAAAUUUAAAUUAACGAUGGUAAGAAAUUAAUUAAUCCUUACAGUAAAAAUACUGACAAAGAUGAUAAUGAUGAGGAAGAUGAUGAAGAAGAUGAUGAUGAAGAUGAUGAUGAUGAUGAAGAGGACGAUGAAGAUAAUUAUGUUUAAGAAGUUGAUCCUUAUGGGGGAAAAAAAUUUGAGAUAACACCUCAAAAUAAGGAUGAAGGUAGAAUGAAUUUUAAGAAUUAAAAUAAAGUUGAUUAAAAAGAUGAAUUUACAAUUUUUAAAUAAAAACCAAGCUAAGUUUAAUAACAGGCCUAAAUACUUAACUAAACAUCACCAUAUUAAAUAAUUUAGGCGUAAUUCGAUUAAAAAGGAAAUAAUACUACAUCAGAGUAGCAGUAAAUAACUAAUGGUUAUGAGUAAUUAAUUACAAUAAAUAACCCAAACCUUAUACAUAAAUAAGCUACUGAAUAAUUAAUGAAAAAUAAAUAAGAUGAAGAAGAAACACAAUAGUAUAUGAAAUUACCUAACAAUUAGAUUUCAGAAUAAACUAAAACACUCAAUUUAUUUAAUUUUCCAAAAUUACCUUUAGACUUUAAGAGUUUUGAUUACACUAUUUCAAUACAAUCAAAAGACUAAGAACCGAAUAUUUAAUUUGCAAAGGAGGUUUACUUUUUAAAGUAAUCAGAGGAACCUCUUAAUUUUAUAAUAAACAUUUCUAGAAUUAGAGAUGAAACUAUUAAAAAUAAUUACCUUAUAAAUGCAUAAGACUGCUCUAGAAAUCACAUAUAGAUCUUAUGUGAUUAAUAGUAUAGGUUUUAUUUAGGUAAUAAUAAAGGUAGAAAUGGUACAUUUAUUAAAAGUAGAGAAUACGAAGAAAUCUUUAGUAAUACUGAACUAUAAGUUGGUAAUAUAUUUUUAGAGUUUAAGGUAGUUGAGAUUAAGGCAAAUGAAAAAAAGGCUCGUUUGGUAAUAAAUGCAUUUAGUAUUAACUAGUAAGAAUAAUAAAACGAAUAAACAAUUUUUUUAGAAUAUAAUUCUAAUUAGAAUUUUAUGAUAGGCAGAAAUAAUUCUACAUAUUUCUCAGAUUUAUUUUAAAAAGAUACUCAGCUUAGUCGCAAGCAUGGAGAAAUUUAUUUAAAUGAACUUAAUGUAUUCGACCCCAAAGAAAAUAAAUAUAUUUAAUAAUUAAAGGUUAUCUUCUAACAAUUUAGUCCAAGAAAUGGUUCUUGGAUUAAAAUUAAAGGUAAAUAAUAUAUAGGAAAUGAUUCUGUAAUCAAAGUAGGAGUUUAAAAUUUUUUAUAAAUCAGUAUAUAAGCAAAAAAACCUAAUAAAUACACAAUAAAUACAUAAUAAUAACACUAAGACAAAUUUUUAAAUCUUAACGAAAUAGGACCAAAUUUCUUGCUUAAUUGUAAAAGGUUAAACAAAGAUCACUCUAUAAGUGAAAAUUUAAUGGGUUUAGGAUGUGGUCACACUUUUUGUAAGGACUGCGAAAACAGAUAUUUUUUGGAUAUGAUUAAAUGUAGAGAUAGUAAAUAUUUAAAAAAAAUAUGCCCUAUUUGUUAUGAAGAAUUAUAAUCUUGCAGUUUAAAAAUAUGA